AUGGCAUCCUCGGCAACUACUGGCAACCCGAUGCCUCCAUCAUUAUCUAUGCCACCAUCCCAAUUCGCCCGCCUUCAACCUCACGCCUACCUUCGCGCCCACCUCUCUCCUCCAUCGAGCGACCAGCCCUCAGUCCGCGCAAACGGUCGCGCAACCUCACAAUUCCGUGUCACAUCUGUCAAUACCGGCUCUUUAACGCACGCAAAUGGCAGUGCCGUCGUAAGAAUCGGCGACACAACGGCUGUCUGUGGCGUUCGCGCAGAACUCCUACACACAAGUGAUAUAUCUUCCUGGGGUGUCUCGCAAGCCCCAUCGAAGCAAAAUCCCACCAACACCAAUGAGGCAAAAGACUCCAAAUCUGAAGAUGAGGAUGAUCAAGGCCAAAUCCAAGAUCUGAACCUGCUUGUCCCCAACCUUUCCCUCAGCACUGGCUGCGCGCCAGGCCUUACACCCGGGGCACCGCCUUCUGCUCUCGCCCAGUCACUCUCCCACCAAAUCCUUUCCCUCCUGCACACCACCAAUCUCGUUCGAGCAGAUGACCUGCGCAUCUGGUACCAGCCACCUAAUUUCGACUCCGAAGAAUUCCACAAUCCGGGCGAGGGAAUGGAGGUGGACACAGAACAGAGCGGUGGCCCUGAGCGUGAGAUCAAGGCAUUCUGGGUGCUCUACAUUGAUAUCAUGAUUCUUUCCAUGGCUGGGAACGCUUUCGAUGCAGCGUGGGCCUCUGUAUUAGCCGCGCUGCGGGAUACAAAGCUUCCCAAUGCCUGGUGGGAUGACGAUAACGAAACUAUUUUGUGCUCGGAUGAUUUUGCCGAAGCGCACAGGCUGACUCUGCGAGGCUUGCCUAUUGCUAGCUCAUUCUGCUGCUUUGAGGGUGAUGCCGCUGCUGGUUGGAGGGCGAAUGUCAUUCCAGAUGCCGAGGAGCAGAAGAAAAAGAAGGGUUCGCAGCAAAAAUGGAUUCUUGCGGAUCCGGAUGGAUAUGAGGAAGGAUUGACUCAGGAGCGGGCUUGUGUUGUCGUCGAUAAAGAAAACGGAAAGACGAUUAUCGUGAAGAUGGAGAAGCACGGUGGCUGGAACGUGGACAGUGAUGAUCUGCGGAAGCUUGUGGAUGUGUCUUCUCAGAGAUGGGAUGACUUGAAGCAAGCACUAGAGCAAUGCUGA